UUGACCCGGAAGUCGUUAUCUGGUACCCCCCGGAAACGAUAUGUUAGCCGCGUGGGUAUAUAUAAGGCGGAACCCGGUUCACUUGACUCUUUUUAUCUGAAGGCACUUUUUUUUCCUGUAGUCAUCAUCUACUUUUUUGGGGAGAAACGUGGAGGCAGCGUGGCUUCAUGGGACCUCGGGGUGACCGGCAGAGCUCGGGCCGCAUCACGUCACAAGCAUGGAAAGGCCUCGCUUUGAGGCUGUACCUGCAGCUAAGUAGAACACUUCCUAAAGAAGUUGGCGCUCCCUACCAAGAGACCUGGAGUCAUUUUAUCACCUAGGUGUGGACUAUCUAUGACAGCUGUGAUCCAGUCCAGUUCUCCUGCUUUACAUACUGGAAUGAGAUUAGCAGAGUCUGGGCCAGAAUUUCAAACCAACUGAAGAGUGGUGGGUAUGAUCUCAACCUCUUUGCCAGCCCCCCGGACUGUGCCUUGCUAUGUUCUGUCUGCCAUGGGGUCCUCAAGAGACCAGUGAAACUGCCAUGUGGUCAUAUCUUCUGCAAGAAAUGCAUCUUAACCUGGCUGGCUAGGCAAAAGACAUGUCCUUGCUGUAGGAAAGAAGUGAAGAGGAAACUAAUGGUCCAGGUGCACAAACUCAGAAAAACCAUUGGGCGCCUGCCAGUCAAGUGUAAGAAUUCCCAGGCUGGUUGCUGUGUUACCUGUCCCCUAUCUCAGCGUAGGAUCCACCUGGACUCCUGCCCUUUUGAGCUUACCCCCUGCCCUAAUGCAGGCUGUAUGGCUAGGGUGCAGCGGGCAGCCUUAGUGGAACAUGGCCGGAGCUGUGGACAUGGUCGGCAGCAGCGCUGCCCCCUUGGCUGUGGGGCCACACUCACAGCUGUUGAAAGGGAGAGCCACAACUGCUAUCGGGAGCUCCGAGAGGCCUGGGGCCGCCGAAGGGCACAGGGCCGGGCCCUGGUCUCCCGACUUCGACAUCGAAUGAGGCGGAUCCACCGGGCCACCAGCCUCAUCAGAAGGCAGCUGACCCGGCUGGAGGCUUUCCUGGAAGAGGAGGAAGAGGAAGGCGCUGAUAUACCUAACAUCAACACCGAGGUUGCCAGGGUUGCUAUGUAGUGCCUGCCCAGCUGGAUGGCCAGGACUCCUGCCCAGAUCCCCUCCCCUGGGGCUUACCUUCCCUGGAGAAAACUGGGGAAGACCAGGCUACUAUGACUGUAAAUAGAGAAGGAUGAAUAAAGGUGGAGCCCAAGGGGUCUCAAA